AUGAAUGUUUCUUUUAUAUUCGUUUCGUUGUUUUAUUUCAUAUCAAGCAUUUCCUACCAGAAAGGAGGAAUACAAAAUUCAAAGCUGAAAGUACUAAAAAACCUGGUUGCUCAAUGUGUAAUGCCCACGGAUAAUGAUCCCCCUGAUGGGGGAUCAACUGAUAUGGACAUCUCCUCCAUAGGAGGAGGCAUCAACAAUGGAGUAGACAGCCGUCAAGGAGUUAGUCUGAAUACAAGUAUCGCAACCGACACUACGCCAGAUAAGUGCACUGUUUUUAAUUUGCAAAAACCUAAGCAAUAUUCAGAUUCUAUUUAUGUAUUUGUUGAGAAAAUAAAUACUGAAAAUAUUGGUACGCUACACCCAAUGGCCAUAGGCCAUAUAUUUCAUAAAAAACUGAACAUUCCAAACAUUGUCAACAUCGAAAAAGUAGGUAGAAAUAGAAUCAAGGUUCAGAUAGCUAUCCUCCAAAUGAAGAGCCUAGUGACCAAGAUGAAUACUAAAUUGAAAAUCAUACAGUGGAAUGCUAGAUCUGCAGUAGCAAACAAACACAGCGUUGAUCAAUUUUUGUUCAAUAACAACAUAGAUAUUGCUCUGAUUUCUGAAACCUGGUUUAAACCAGGUUUUAAUGUGAUAUUCAAAGGAUACUCUAUUAUCAGGAGUGACAGGCAUGACGGAAAGACCGGAGUUGCGAUAUUUGUCCGAAACACUCUGAAAUUUAAAGAAAUAACAUGUAGACCUCGCCCCAAUUACGUGCAAGUAUGCGGUGCAGAGGUGCAAGUUGCAGACUCGCUUCGCCUGUCUCUUCUAUCUAUGUAUGUCCCUCCUAGUUCACAUAUCCGCACGAAUGAAUGGAUUGAUUUGCUAUCUCCCUUCGGUCAGGAUACAAUUGUAGGGGGCGAUUUCAAUGCCCAUCAUAAUUUGUGGGGCUCCUACAAGCAGGACCAUAAUGGGUGCUCUCUUGUGGAAGCAUUAAACUCUAUAGACUUGGUAUUGAUGAAUGAUGGGUCAUCUACUAGAUUGCAUAACAAUGGUCUAAAUUCAGUUGUAGAUUUAACUUUUUCUUCCCCAGACCUAGCUAACAUUAUUGAAUGGAAAACCCAUGUUGAUACCCUAGGAUCAGAUCAUUACCCUAUUAUCCUAGAAAUGAAAUCCCCUACAUCACAUCCCGCUUAUGAAGUAACUCCAAAAUACAUAUGGAAUACCCACAAAGCCAAUUGGGAUCAUUUCCAUUCACUUGCAGACAAUUAUUUCUCAAACUCUCGUCCGAAUUUCCAGGAUAUAAAUGACAAAUAUCAGUUUUUUAUUCAAGGCAUUAAUGAGUCCGCCCGUAGCUCAAUCCCUCGAUAUAAACCCUUCACAAGACAAAAUAAGACACCUGCUCCUUGGUGGGAUCGAGAAUGCGAUGAAGAAAUUAAUAAACGAAAAAAUGCCCUUGCACAGUACAAGCAGAUAUCCAGCGAAGCCAACUUCAUUGCUUGUAAGAGAGCAAUAGCACACACAAAAAGACUACUAAAAAGCAAAGCAAAAACGCAUUGGAAAAAAUUUUGUUGCAACUUAAAUAAAAACACCCCAAGCACCGAGCUUUGGUCUCAGGCUAAGAAAAUGCAGAGAAUGCAAGUCACUCAUAGGAAAUGCAAUAACUUGGAUUGGGAAGCAAAUUUCCUAGACAAAAUCGCUCCUGCUUCGACCACAUCAUUCUUUCCAGAGAUUCACCGUAGUCAAAACUCUGAAACCCUGACUGACAAUAUCUUCAGUCAUCCCAUUACUGUCACUGAACUUGAAUAUGCGCUAAAGAACUCAAACAAUUCGUCCCCUGGCUGGGACAACAUAACAUACUCAAUGUUAUGGCACCUACCUUUGAAUGCAAAGCAGCUAUUACUAGAACUUUACAAUGAGAUACUUAAGUAUACUCCCCCAACACAGCAGAUCACACUUCCAGGAACAUUAAAUCUACCACCACCACCUAAAAAAUUUGUAGGAGUGGUCACUCGCUCAAGAACUGGAUUGGACGCGUCAAAUAUAUCAAAAAGGAAGGCCUCCUCACCAGCAGAAGGCACUGACUUCUCAGACGACAGUCAAGCUUCUUCUCAAACAGAAGGUCGUAGAAAAAGAGGCCGGCCAAGAAAAGCUGUAAAAGAUCAGCGCAGUCUUAGCUCUGCACUUCCGAUCCAGCAGAAUAUCGACGAGACUCAGACGACUACUUCACAGUCUCAGGACAUAAUUCGUCCUAGCUCUGUAGAUCCCCCAGAUCCCGGAGCUAUAUCAUUGCAAGAAUCCGUCGAUCUAACUUAG